AUGCUGGUCGUCACGCUGACCGGCGGCAUUGCCUCUGGCAAGUCCACCACAUCGCGCCUCCUCUCGGCGCCGCCCCACUCGCUGCCGCUCGUCGACCUGGACCAGCUGGCGCGCCAAGUCGUCGAGCCCAACGACGCCUCGCGCUCGCUCGACAAGCUCGUCGCGCACUUUGGCCCCUCGAUUCUCACCCCCGCAGGCACGCUGGACCGCGCCGCGCUCGGCCGACUCGCCUUUGGCACGGGCAAGGAGGCUGACCGCGCCGUGCUGAACCGCAUCACCCACGGUGCCGUCCGGCGCCGGCUCCUCUGGCUUGUCCUCGGUCACUGGAUCCGCGGCACGCGCAUCCUCGUCGUCGACACGCCCCUCGCCGUCGAGGCCGGCCUCUGGCGCUUCUGUGGCGAGAUGGUCCUCGUGUACUGCUCAAAAGAGGCACAGCUGGAACGCAUGCUCAAGCGCGACGGCCCAAACGGCCUCACCGAAGACGACGCCAAGAACCGGCUGGCGUCGCAGCUGCCCCUCGACAGCAAGCGCGUCUUUGCCGACGUCGUCCUCGACAACGACGUCGGCAGCGGCGCCAGCCUCGAGCAGCAGGUCGACGCGCUCGUGGCGCGGUGGAAGCGGCAGACGAGCAUGGGUCUCGGCUGGCUCGUCUCGACGGUCAACUGGCUCCUUCCGCCCUUCGGCCUCGUUGCGGCCGCCUGGGCCAUCUGGGGCAGGACACGGCGGGUGCAGAGACAAAAAGGCAAAGAGGAGCAGAAGAAGAGCAAGUAGUAGCAGUAGUAGUAAUAGCAGCCAAUGCGCCAGAUUGCAGUGAGAUAGAUACAAGUACAUGAGAGCGGGCCUGAAGAUAAGGAAUCAAGACGAGAGGAGGAGGACACCGUUGACG